CGCGGCCGCGACUUCUUCGGCGCGGGCCCGCGCUGCUCGCUCUGCGCGUCCGACGCCCACCUCAUGGACGCGUGCCCCGAGGCGCUCUGCCACCGCUGCCUCCGGCCGGGCCACGCGGCGCGCGACUGCCGGGACGCGCCGCGGCCCAUGCCCGAGGUCUGCACGGCCUGCGGCGACGUGGGCCACAGCUGGAAGUGGUGCGAGGCCGUCGACGGCGAGGCGAAGCUCAGCGCGGGCGCGACGUGCAUGACCUGCGGCGAGUGCGGCCACCUCGACUGCAAGAAGGUCAAGCGGCACAAGACGCACGACGUCUACUGCGCGUGGUGCGCGCGCCCGGGCCACACGGGGCCGUCCUGCCCCCAGAAGCGGGGGCACGCGCGGCGCCGCUAG